CCUUAGCCUUGUUUGACGGCAUUCAUGGUUAUGAUUUCUUUCAUGUACACCCCCCCAUAGACACUGUAUUUGUUGUAGGAAACUUAGGUGUCCUCUCAUCCCGCUCGGAGUGUCGAGUCGCCUAAAUUUCCCCGUUUCUCGGUACGGUCUUUUUCGGAGUUCUGGACAGUGCAGGAAUCUCAGUACUGCCAGUGAAGGUCGGCGUUUCCACAUCAUAGACCUGGUUCUUUUUAUUUCAUUUCCUUGAAUGUACCAAUGGAAACAGUAUGGAUGGCGAAUGGGGCAAAAAAAGAUUAUUACGAUUGCAGGAUUUGUGGAUUGGAAACGGUUGUAUUGUGUAUUUACGAUGGAUCUGGUUUCACUGUCCUUUUUAUCUCGUACAAAAUGAGGGCGCAACGGAUGCAAGGAAAAGUCAACUCCCCUAACGGCGACACAGUACGCGAGCAGACUUCCUCUUACCUCAGUCCCUUGCUCCCUACCUAUUCUCCCUUUUCACCCGAUGCUUUUUUUGACCGGCGCGAAGGGAAACCAAAAAAGGAAAAUUAUGGCAAGAGAAAAACCAGUACGCAAGUACAACCAAUACCUCGAUCAUGUUCAUUACCUUACUACCAGAUAGAGAAAAAGAGAUGUUUUUUUGUUGGUUUCGGACAGAUAGAUCCAAGAGGUCGGGCUUCGAUGCCACGUUGCAGGUGCCAGGUGUUGCUAGGUGUACUCGUUCGCUCGUCCACUCGCGCGUGUUUGAUUUUAUGGCUCGAUCUAGCUUACGCCGGGCCACGCUCAGGUCAGGUUCAGGUCAGGUCCCAGGUCCAGGGCUACCUACCUACGCGCGCGCCCCCCCUUAACUAAUACCCUAAUACAAACGCUGUGCAACGUGGGGACACGCGUUUUCGCACACGCGGCAGUGCUGCAAGGUCCCGUCGGCUUCUGGAACAUUUUAGAACAUGUAUUGGAGGCUGGUUCCGUUGGAAGGAUUGGGGAAGAUUGGG